CCACGAGGAAGGCUCGCGUGCCCUUCCUUGCCUUUCGGUUUGUGAUGCCGCCGCUGCUCUCCGAGGUUUUCCAUCGGGCCCUCUGAUCGGGAAACUCCCAUAGUGAAUAAUCUCUAGCAAGCCCUUAUCCCUUGAUCGGGGACCUGCGAGUCUCCCGAAUGCCGCUCGCAGACGUAUAUUCGCCCAUGUCACGUCAUCAUCCUCUUAUAAGGUCUCCCAAGCUAUUCAUGCUCCGCAUUGCGCAGUGGUUUGGCACGUCGCCAAGGUAGUUUGUUUGAAGAAUGUCCCAGGCCAAACGGUCGUUUCUGAAGCGUCGAAGAUGAGGCCAUCUAUUUCCACAUCCACAUUUCCCGUGGACGUCUCGAGCAAAACGCUCAUUUUCAUCAUAAGGCAUCUUGGGCUGGAACCCCUCAGAACGCGAUUUUGUUGAGGAUGCCCGUGGCGACGCGGCCGUUGUUAGAAGAGUGUUUGGAGAAUUGCGCGCCCUUCCGGUCCACUGCGCGUCGUUCCGGUGCGACUGGACGUGCCGAAGGCCCAGGGGGAAUUCUGUUUCCGAAAACAACCAAAAGCCAAACCGACAGGAUCAAGCACGCGAAGCACUCUUGUGAUUACUCAACGUUGGUUCGCGGUGGCGGAUUGCAAAAUGCGUUUCCCAGCUCGAAGAUUAACCUAAUCAACUUGGCCCAUGGUGGUACUACAAGCUCCGUAGUUCUAGGUGGAAUCGGUUUGUUAUUUCAAAGUCUCGGUGACUUGAAUAUUGACAUUGUCAUAUUGGACACCUUGGUUAAUGAUGCUUCGGAAGGGAAAAGGUGGGGCACAGCAACAGCUUCUCCAUUGACAGCAGAAAGGGUGGUCUCCAUAACGUAUGAAGGGCUUGUCCGCGCAGUGCAUGACCAAUACCCCAAGACAAUGCUUGUAUCGUUGUUUACCGGCUGUCCAAAAUGCCAUCGGAUGAAGCCGCACCAGCACGCCAUCGCCAACCAUUUCAAUAUUCCACAUAUUGAUUAUGGGUCGCUGGUGCUCGCACACCCCGAAGAUCCACGAAUCUGGAAUGGCAAGAAUCAUCCAGAUUGGAUGGGGCACCAACUGGUGGCAGAUGUGAUCGCAGGCGUGUGGGACAAAGUGUUAGAGAAGAGUUGCGCCAAUGCAGAUACGGAUUCGCAUGUUUGGCCAAGUGCACCAUUCAAUAAAGAAGAGGAACUCGCAUUAUUUCCGUCAUGCAGGCACCCGAUGUCUUGGUUCUCGGCUUUCGAGUCCAUCAAACCGCACAGUAAAGUACCUCAGCCAAGCUACCUCGAUGGCUGGCGGCUAUUUGAAGACCGGCCAGGAAAACCUGGAUGGAUUUCUGAAACCCCGUCUGUGAACAGUCGCGCAAUCAUGCGUGUACCAUUAAAGUUCGGCCCGGAACCGAAACUGGCAGUGACAUUCCUUCGCAGUUAUGAGGGCAUGGGAGAUGCGGACCUAGUCAUGAAUGGCAGAACUGCGACAUUGCAUGGCCUUUGGGGGAGCGAGAACGUUGAAAAAGUAUCACAAUCAUUUGUGGCGUGGUUCAAUGCGGGGAUCAACUUGUCGCAGCCACAGUUCGGCGAGGGUGGAGCCAACGGGUUUGGCAUAGCACCGAACCAAGAAGCGGAACUUGAAAUCCAGUCUUCGGGCAGUAGAUUUAAGAUUAUUGAAAUAUCUUCAUGCUAGGCUAAUUGCCAGCCCCCAAUCUUUUGCUAGACUGCACGUUUGACGGCAUGCUGUGAAUUCUAGUCGGCCAAAAAGAAACAAGCGCAACCUCAUAUCGGCUGCACCGAAGUGAGUGAUGGAGGCUCGGCACCUGCAGCGGGCGUCUGUCCUGGGUUUGGCGGCCUCGGGGCCGCGGCAGCAACAUGCGUAAUGCUGCCCGAUCCGCGUGGGCUAGUGAAUGUGUGCAAGUGUGCAGCGAGGUUCGCUCAUUGCUCCGCUGCCCGCAUCGCCCGACUCGGUCCGGCCAAAUGCGCGACGAGAUUGCGCGAUGGAUGUGGCACGGCAGGUGCUCAUCUGGAAAACG